AUAUUCCAUUUCAGAGUGAGGCCACGACUACACCCAACUUGACCAAACUAUGCAAGUGAGUGAUAGAACUAUAUAGAAGCCCAGUUUGAACGAAAAACAAAGUCUCACACAUAUCAACCGUUACAGAAACGAUAUAGUUUGUUUGUGCUCACUACUCAGUUGCAGAAUUAGGGCACAAAUCGCAUCAAUCACCAUGUCUUCGUCGAGAGAAGGAGACCCGAAUCUGGGUUACCUGACCCGAAAAGACACGGAGGUCAAACUCCCUCGCCCGACCCGAGUCAAGAACAAAACCCCCGCUCCGAUCCAAAUCACCGCCGAGCAGAUCCUCCGUGAAGCCAGGGAGCGGCAAGAAGCAGAAAUCCGCCCGCCGAAGCUCAAAAUCACCGACCCCCACGAGCUCGGCGAGUAUCGCCUCCGCAAGCGUAAGGAGUUCGAGGACCUCAUCCGCCGUGUCCGAUGGAACACCAGCGUCUGGCUCAAGUACGCACAGUGGGAAGUCUCCCAAAACGACUUCAAACGCGCGCGUUCCGUCUGGGAACGCGCGCUCGAAGUCGAUUACAAGAAUCAUACGCUCUGGUUGAAGUAUGCAGAAGUGGAGAUGAAGAACAAGUUCAUCAACCAUGCUAGGAACGUUUGGGAUCGUGCCGUUACGCUUUUGCCGCGAAUCGACCAGCUCUGGUAUAAGUACAUUCACAUGGAGGAGAUGCUGGGGAAUGUGGCUGGGGCGAGGCAGGUUUUUGAGAGGUGGAUGAAGUGGAUGCCGGACCAGCAAGGGUGGUUGUCGUAUAUUAAGUUUGAGCUUCGAUACGGGGAGAUUGAUCGCGCGAGGGGGAUUUUCGAGCGGUUCGUGUUGUGUCAUCCGAGGGUUGGGGCUUGGAUUAGGUAUGCUAAGUUUGAGAUGAAGGGUGGGGAGGUUGCGAAGGCGAGGCAGGUUUAUGAGAGGGCGGUGGAGAGGCUCGCGGAUGAUGAGGAGGCGGAGCAGUUAUUCGUGGCGUUUGCGGAGUUUGAGGAGAGGUGUAAGGAGAGUGAGAGGGCUAGGUGUAUAUAUAAGUUUGCGCUUGAUCAUAUUCCGAAGGGGAGGGCUGAGGAUUUGUAUAGGAAGUUUGUCGCGUUUGAGAAGCAGUAUGGGGAUAGGGAAGGGAUUGAGGAUGCUAUUGUUGGGAAGAGAAGGUUUCAGUAUGAGGAUGAAGUGAGGAAAAACCCUUUGAAUUAUGAUUCCUGGUUUGAUUAUAUUAGGUUGGAGGAGAGUGUGGGGAAUAAGGAAAGAGUUAGGGAUGUUUAUGAGAGAGCUAUUGCCAAUGUUCCUCCUGCUGAGGAGAAGCUGUAUUGGCAGCGAUAUAUCUAUUUGUGGAUUAAUUAUGCACUCUAUGAAGAGCUUGAUGCUGGAGAUGUGGAGCGAACAAGAGAAGUAUACAAGGAGUGUCUUAACUUGAUACCUCACAAAAAAUUCUCAUUUGCUAAGAUGUGGCUUCUAGCAGCCCAAUUUGAAAUACGUCAGCUGAAUCUCAAGGGUGCUCGUCUAAUAUUAGGAAAUGCUAUUGGAAAGGCUCCUAAAGAUAAGAUUUUUAAGAAGUAUAUAGAGAUAGAACUGCAGCUUGGUAACAUUGAUCGAUGCAGAAAAUUGUAUGAAAAAUAUUUGGAGUGGGCGCCUGAAAAUUGCUAUGCUUGGAGCAAGUAUGCAGAAUUGGAGAGAUCUUUGUCUGAGACUGAUCGAGCUAGAUCAAUAUUUGAGCUUGCAAUUGCCCAGCCAGCAUUGGACAUGCCUGAGCUGUUGUGGAAGGCAUACAUUGACUUUGAGACUGCUGAGGGUGAAUUUGAGAGAGCAAGAGCACUUUAUGUAAGGCUUCUUGAUCGAACAAAGCACUUGAAGGUCUGGAUAAGCUAUGCAGAAUUUGAGGCAACAGCUGUCGAUGAGGGUUUAGACUUACCAGAAGAAGAACAAAAGAAGCAAUGCAUUCAGCGUGCUAGAAGGGUGUUUGAAGAAGCUCUUAACUACUUCAGAUCGUCGGUUCCGGAUUUGAAAGAAGAAAGGGCAAUGCUAUUGGAAAAAUGGCUUAACAUGGAGGCUUCAUCUGGUGAGCUGGGUGAUGUUAGCUUAGUCCAGUCUAAGCUGCCCAAGAAGCUGAAGAAGAGAAGGCAUGUUCCCACUGAAGAUGGUUCUACUAGAAUUGAAGAAUUCAUCGACUAUUUAUUCCCUGAGGAAACUCAGACAACCAAUCUCAAGAUCUUGGAAGCUGCUUACAAAUGGAAGAAGCAAAAAUUGUCUAACGAUGAUGAUUAGCUCGUGGAUCUGUAGAAUGCUUCUUGAGUGUAUUCAUUGCCAAGAUUUAUUGUUGUAUAACUGGCAAGCUUCAUCAGAUAAGUCGAUUGUGACUGAAGUUUGUGUUAUAGAACCACAUUUGAGUAAAACUUGUAAACCGUGACUUUCACCCACGACUGAUUAAGGCAAUAGUUGGUUUGAUCAGAACUAAAUUUUGUUAUUGAGUGUACAUAUGAAAUCAGAUAUUCAAAAAGGGUUGUUCACAACUUUUGUUAAUGUAAUUCGCAAGUUUGCAUGCUUA